AUGUCGAAGGCACAGGCACAGCGAGCUCAGGUCCGCUUCGAAGAGAAGGACGAGGAUCCCAGGGAGGAACACCCUCGUCCUCCGCUUCGCAGGUCCACUCCGUACCCCAUCGCUCUGGGCAUAUUUACCGCAGGCGCAACGGGGACGAGUUCAUCGGACACUGGGCCUGGCGGUGGGCCAACGUCUCAUCCCUUUGCCGACGCCGACAACGACGAUGGGACGGACUCUGAGGCGGAAGUGCCGUUGGAGGCGACAUGGGCGGAACACUUUGCCAAACACCCUCAGCCGUGGCGGCACCCUCAGCCGUGGCGGCCGCAAAUAAGGAACCUCAGCCUCGUUCGCUGCUUGGAGGCUCACUACCACCUGGGAGAUUAUCAUCAUGGCGAUCUCGCGGUGCAGGCGAACGAGACAUCAUAUCGGCCCAUGUUUCCUGCCCCGACUUCAAGUCCUAUGGCAUGUAAAGAGCCGAUGAGUCUCUGGGACUCUGACGACUCCGAGUCGGAGUGCUGUUUCGAGCAUAAUAGGCAAAAGCAGAAGCUGGGCAGUGAGCCGAUGGAGAGGUCCCCAGAAGAGAGCUGUCCGGUGAAUGAUAUGUCCCCGAUAGAGGAUGAUGAGGAUCAAUUGCCAGCAGGCGUAUAG